AUGGCAGACCCCAUAGACCAGUGGCUAGAGGAGUCGCUCUCGCUGCCGGCGCGGCUGCAGCGGGAGCUGCGGCUGAUGGCGCAGCUGGACGCAGCAAGUGCAGCAAUAGAGGCGCAGGUCCGACAGCGAGAGGAGCAAUUUCUGCGUCGUCUUGAGGCCCUGAAGGCGGAGGGCAGCCCUCUUGUGUUUGAGGGCAUGGAGGAAGAGCUCAAACAAAUACAUGAGAUGCAGGGCAAGAGCCGCGCGCUGCUGCGGGAAAAGGUUGAAAUCAACAGACAUGCUGCUGCUGUGCUGCACGCGGAGCAGCAAACUCUUGCAGCUGAGCGGCAACGGCUGCUGCAGAACCCAGGCAUUGCUGCUGCUGCUGGCGGCAGUGCGGCAGGGUCGGCAGCAGAUGCAACUGCUGCUGCAGCAGACGCAGGGGGGAUCAACAGCAGCAGCAGCGCUCUAAGAAGACGCGGGGGCAGUGACCGCAUGUCGGCAGCAGGAGGUGCAGCAGCGCAGCAGCAGCAGCAGCAGCUCGCCGGGGCCAGCAGCAGCAGCAGCUGCAACACAGACCGGAACCAAGCAGGCAUAGCCGUAUCAGGUGCUUCCCAUGCCACCCGCGCUUGGCCUGCUGCUGCUGCUCCGCAGCAGCAGCUGCAGCACCAGCAUGUGGAGGACCCAGCGAUGCUUCACCACCAGACUUAUUUGCAGCAGCAGCAGCAGCUGCAGAUGCAGCAGCAAAUGCAGAGGCAGCACAUGCAGCAGCAGCAGAUGCAGCUGCAAGCUCAGCAGCAGCAACAGCAUCCAAUGCAGCAGCAGCAUCCAAUGCAACAGCAGUACAUGCAGCAGCAGCAGCAGCUGCAGGGGCCGCGCUGCUUUUCCGCCCCAACAGCUUUACCUCAGUCCCAAGGCAGCGAGAUAACUGCAGAGAGUGGCAGCAGCAGCUCCAAAACGGCGCGAGGAAGACUCAGCAGUUCUGCUGCUGUCGGCGCAGGAGGCUCUGGCUCUCGCCAAGCAGCAGCAGAGGGGCCUACCCACGGGGCCAGCCACUCCCGCAGGGGCAGAAAACUUCGCCAGAGGCUCAGAUAUUCCGAAGCGGCAAAAAGAGGGCCGCCGAGGCCAUGGAAUUUACAGAAGGCCGGGUGUUUAGAAGCAGCACUGGCGAAGCAACGGGCGCUGCUGGCGGCGUUGCUGGUGCAGCCGUUGCUGCUGCCGGCUGUUGCAGCCCGAGGGCUGGAGAUGAAAAAACUGACGCAAAUCUAA